GCCCUCUAUGAAUCAAUGAAUGGGGAUCCGUAGCCUGGUGGCUCCGACCCUUCAAUUUCAAACUGGCAACCUCAGACAACGGCUCUCCCGCCCCGGCGUCGACUUCUCCGCCUAUGGCUCCGCCAUUCAGUACUGCUCUGACCACCGCCUCCUCCGCCAGGGGAGGCAGCUCCACGCUCGCCUCAUCCUUCUCUCCGUCAAACCCGAUAACUUCCUCGCCUCGAAACUCAUCCUCUUAUACUCCAAGUCCGACCACGCGCGCGAAGCGCGCAAGGUGUUCGACGCGACUCCCCGCAGAAACACCUUCACAUGGAACGCCAUGCUCCUUGGCUACUCCUUCAACGCAAUGUUCCGCGACGCGCUUAAUCUAUUUGUGUCGUUCACCUCCUCAAACGCCAACGCCUCCCCCGAUAACUUCACCAUAUCCUGCAUUUUGAAGACUAUUCCGUCGUCGUUUUGUAGCCCCAAUUUGGCGAAAGAGGUUCACUGUUUCGUUCUUCGUCGCAGGUUUGACUCGGAUAUUUUUAUUCUCAACGCGUUGAUAACGUGUUACUGCAGGUGCGAUGAGGUUUGGCUUGCGCGGAAGGUGUUCGACGGAAUGUCCAACAGAGACACCGUGACGUGGAACGCGAUGAUUGGUGGGUAUUCUCAGAGGAUGUAUUACGACGAGUGUAAGAGGUUGUACAUGGAGAUGUUGACUGCUUCCGGGGUCGCACCCAAUGUGGUUACCGCGAUGAGCAUGAUGCAGGCAUGUGGGCAGUCCAUGGACCUUGCGUUUGGAAUUGAGGUACACCGUUUCGUGGAGGAGAAUGGAAUUGAGAUGGAUAUUUCGCUUUCAAAUGCUGUGGUCGCUAUGUAUGCCAAGUGUGGUCAUUUGGAGUAUGCGCGGGAGUUGUUUGAAGAAAUGCGGGAGAAGGAUGAGGUUACUUAUGGGGCAAUUAUUUCAGGGUACAUGGAUUACGGGUUUGUGGAAGAAGCCAUGAAUAUUUUUCGAGGGGCGGAGAACCCUGGAUUGAAUAUGUCGAAUGCUGUGAUUUCUGGUAUGGUUCAGAAUGAAGAGUUUGAAGGGUUAUUUGAUUUGUUACGGGAUAUACAGGGUUCUGGUUUGUGUCCCAAUGCUGUUACACUUGCUAGCGUUCUUCCUUCUUUUUCGUAUUUCUCAAACCUUCGAGGAGGGAAAGAGGUUCAUGGUUAUGCUAUAAGGAGAGGUUAUGAGCAAAAUGUAUAUGUGGCAACCUCCAUUAUUGAUGCUUAUGCAAAGCUCGGGUAUAUUCAUGGGGCAAAAAGGGUUUUUGAUCUUUCACCGAAUAAGAGUUUGGUUAUUUGGACAUCGAUUAUAUCUGCUUACGCUGCUCAUGGUGAUGCUGGUUUGGCACUUAGUCUGUAUAGUCAGAUGCUAAAUCAAGGAAUUCAACCUGAUCCGGUGACUUUAACUUCUGUAUUGACAGCCUGUGCUCAUUCCGGAUUGGUCGAUGAAGCUUGGGAUAUCUUUAAUUCGAUGCCUUCACAGUGUGGCUUUGAACCCUUGGUAGAGCACUAUGCGUGCAUGGUGGGUGUUCUUAGUCGAGCUGGAAAACUCUCAGAAGCUACACUAUUCAUUUCUGAAAUGGCAAUUAAACCAAGUGCUAAAGUUUGGGGUGCUCUGCUGCACGGGGCUUCGAUUUAUGGUGAUGUUGAAGUGGGAAAGUUUGCUUGUGAUCAUUUGUUUGAGAUCGAGGCUGAAAAUACUGGGAAUUACAUGAUCAUGGCCAAUUUAUUAUCAAAUGCUGGGAAAUGGGAACAAGCUAGGGAGGUUAGGGAAAGAAUGAAAGCAAUUGGGUUACAGAAGGUCCGUGGAAGUAGCUGGAUUGAAACGAGUGGAGGGUUACUGAAUUUCGUUGCCAAGGAUGUGUCCAAUGGUAGAUCUGAUGAAAUUUAGGCGUUGCUGGAAGGUUGUUUGGUUUGACGAGGGGAGAAGGAUAUGUUUUACAGGAAGAGUUAGACUACGGGAAUGUUCAGUUAAUAACUUUAUGUGGUAGCUUGUACUGAAAUAUGGUCAUUCAUCUCUAGUAUAGGCAGAGAAAAAGCGGUCACUCAACUUCUGAGAUGCUGAAACUAAAUAACACAUUUAUCAAAAUACUCAGCCAAAAUAUCAAGCUUUACUGGGUGCACUAGGUUAGGAAUCAACUCCCCUUUUUAUCAAGCCUUACUGUGUAUACUAAAUUUAUGCUUGCUGAUUGAUAAUUUUUCACCCAAGAUAGUCUAGGCCUAGAACCGCAUGACUCCAGGGAGUACUUGAACAUUUUUCUUUUGGGAACUGAGAUUCUACCCUUGCUUGCUUCGUGGGUUCAGUUAAGACUGCUUUGUUUGAUAAAGCUACUCUGAUUUGUCCAGGUAGGUUGUGACUGAUGACACAAUUCUGUGAUUAAGCGAAAAGUUAUAGUCUGGCUGGCAGCAAUAACUUUUGCCCUAGUUCCCAGAUAUUAUUUUUUGGGCAAAGGAGCUUCCGUGCCGUUAAAUACUUUGUUUGGGCUAAAGGAAACAUUACUGAAAUGGGUCUUGGGGAACUUACCAAUUUCCAUUGUAUCAGUAGUUUGAUUUAUUGUAAAAGAAAUCCACAGUGUGGUCAUGUUAUGCGAGUUGGGAUCCCAAAUUUCAGGACGAA